AUGAAUCCCUCAACAUGUUUAUCCCUAUUCCUUACAAUUUCCUUGAUCUUCAACUCUCACGCCAUUACACCAAAUUCAAACUCCAAUUUGUGUAAAAAUGUAUGCAAAGAUGCUGGAAAAGACAAUGAGCGUUGCUUGAAACUUCUAAGCCCUAACCCUAAAAUAACUUCGGCAAAAGACUAUCUUACCCUUUGCAAGUUAUUCUUAGAGAUGGCAAUAGAGAAGGCAACAAAAGGCCAAGAUUACCUUAAAGCAUUGAUGAAGGAAUUUCCUUCUUCACGAGCCAUACAAAAUUGUGCAACCAGUGAUUACGAUGGAUUGGUAACGUCGUUUAGAAGUUCAUUAAGUGAGUUGGUUGUGGAUCCAAUAUCUGCAAACUAUGAUGCUAGGGUUGCUGGUGAUGGACCACAGGCUUGUGAUCGUGAAUUGGCUAAUGAGAAAAUUGUUAAUCCUUCGGUUUCUAGGAUGAAUAAUGAGAUGAAAUUUCUUAGUGAUGUUGCAUAUUUGGCCACAAAUAAUCUUCGAAAAUAA